UGGCUGUGGGCCGGGCCAGCAGGUGUCGGCGGCUGCGGCCAGCCUGGCCUGGGCUGCCUGCGGCGCGGGCGCCUCCCUCUCAGCCUGUGCCGCCGCCGCCGCGGCUCUCCAGCCUCCUGCCGGCUGCCGGGCUACUGCUGCGGCUGCGGUUCUGGAGGCCGAGUCCCCGCCGCGCUGCAGCCGAGCUCCAGCGCGCAGACCGACCGGUGCGUCUGCUUCCCUGCCGGCAGCCUUCUAAUCCGCGCGCAGCGCUGCGGCAGGUGCCCUGGGCGUCCAGAGGCGCAGCGGCUUGAGCCGGGCCGCGAUCGAUGACCCUGGCUGCAGACCUCUUUCAGGCUGGCCACCCGGUGUCUAUCUUUUAUCAUCUGUGUUGAAUAUUAAAUCAUGGGGAGGAAGCUGGACCUGUCUGGUUUGACCGAUGAUGAAACAGAACAUGUUCUUCAGGUGGUUCAAAGAGACUUCAAUCUUCGCAAAAAGGAAGAAGAACGACUAAGUGAGCUGAAGCAGAAGCUGGAAGAGGAGGGCAGCAAGUGCAGCAUCCUCUCGAAGCACCAGCGGUUCGUGGAGCACUGCUGCAUGCGCUGCUGCUCGCCCUUCACUUUCCUGGUCAACACCAAGCGCCAGUGCAGGGACUGCAAGUUCAACGUCUGUAAGAGCUGCUGCUCCUACGAGAAGCACGAGAAGGCCUGGGUCUGCUGCGUCUGCCAGCAAGCAAGGCUUCUGAGGACCCAGUCUCUGGAAUGGUUUUAUAAUAAUGUGAAGAGCCGCUUCAAGCGCUUUGGCAGUGCCAAGGUCCUUAAGAACCUGUACAGGAAACACCGGCUGGAGAGUGGAGCAUGCUUCGACAUUCUAGGAGGAAGCUUUCUUGAGUCAAACCUGGAGAAUGAAGGAAGCAUUUCUGGCAGUGAUUCAACAUUUUAUAGACAAUCAGAAGGACAUAGUGUGAUGGAUACCUUGGCGGUGGCCCUGCGGGUGGCUGAAGAAGCCAUCGAAGAAGCAAUUUCCAAAGCAGAAGCCUAUGGGGACAGCCUGGACAAGCAGAAUGAGGCCAGUUACCUGCGGGACCACAAGGAAGAGCUAACUGAAGAGCUGGCCACAGCCAUCUUGCAGAAGAUCAUAAGAAAACAGAAGAGCAAAAGCGAGCUGCAAACGGAAGAAGAGCCAGAGUGGCCACAGCCCCAGAGCUGCAGCGUGAAGGCAGCAGAUGAGGGCACCACAGUCCCCCCAGGAGGCUGCAGGGCUUCCGCCACCCUUUGGCGGUCCCAGUCUGCGUUCUCAAUCACUGGGGAAGAUGCCCUGAAGAAUUCAUCACUGGGGGCGGUGUCAAGGCCACCAAGGGACCAGGGCCACCACCCAAGAGAGGAGUCUGCUCUGCCUAGCUGGAAGAGCAUGGACAGGCUGGACAAAACAAACCUGGCCCCGGUUUUGCAGAGCCCAGAUGGAAACUGGGUGGCCCUGAAGGAUGGCACUCUGCCCCCCACACGCCUGUUUGCCAAACCCAAGAGUGGGACAUUCCAGGCCCUGGAAGUGGCCUCCAGUGUGGCAUCCGCCUAUGAUGAGAUGGGCUCUGACAGCGAAGAGGACUUUGACUGGAGUGAGGCCUUGAGCAAGCUGUGCCCGCAGUCAGAGGGCCUACCCAGGAACCCCCAGCCUCAGCCCAUGCAGGCCCAGAGCUCUGAGCAAGGCCUCUUAGCUGCCUCCUCCUCCUCUGGGCUCUCCCCCAACCCUGAGGCCAUGUGCUCUGACUCAGAGACCUCCUCAGCGGGCUCUCCCCGGGAAGCUGGGUGCCGGGCUAGACUGUCCUGGUUGCAGAGGAAGGGCCCCAGGACUCCUGCAGCUGAGAAGAUGCACAUACAGGGGGAGCUGGAUGUGAACUUCAACCCCCAGGUGGCCAGCAGGGAGACCUCAGACAGCAGCGAGCCAGAGGAGGUCCUCCACGCUGGAGACCGAAGGGCCAGGAGAUGGAGAAGGGCCCGAGCGGGAUCAGAGGAGCCAAGCAAGGAACCAUCUUCCCCCAGCUCUCAUCCCCAGGACCUGGACACACAUCAGGUGUCAGGUGAUUUAUCCAAGGCUGACAUCAUCAAGGAGGCUCAGCACCCCCGGACUCCCACGGACACUACAGAGGAGAAACUGAGAAACAGAUUGUACGAGUUAGCAAUGAAAAUGAGUGAAAAGGAGACUUCAUCAGGGGAGGAUCAGGAGUCCGAAACCAAGACAGAAUCAGAGAACCAGAAGGAAAGUCUGUCCUCUGAAGACAACAGCCACAGUGUCCAGGAAGAGCUGAAGAAGGAAAACAGAGAAGCUUUAGCUGUCCACCUAGAGCUACAGCUCUUAUCCACAGCGCUUGAACAGAAGUAUUCUGCUGUUUCUCUCUGCAACAUCUCCACAGAAGUCCUGAAAGUCAUCAACGCCACAGAGGAGUUGAUAGCAGAGUCUACAGGGCCCUGGGAGUCCCCACCAGUCCCUCCUGACAGAAAGAAGGGGACAUUUCCUCUUGGGACCGACCAAGUGAGACUGGAUGAGCAGCUGACUUCCCUGGAAGAAAACGUGUACCUGGCGGCGGGCACUGUGUAUGGCCUGGAGAGCCAGCUGACUGAGCUGGAAGAUGCUGCCCGCUGCAUCCACAGUGGCACUGAUGAGACCCAACUGGCAGAUCUGGAGGACCAGGUGGCCACAGCUGCAGCCCAGGUCCACCAUGCUGAACUCCAGAUUUCUGAUAUCGAGAGCCGGAUUUCAGCCCUGACCAUCGCAGGAUUAAACAUAGCACCAUGUGUGCGCCUCACAAGAAAACGGGAUCAGAAGCAAAGGAACCAGGUACAAACCAUAGACACAUCCAGGCAGCAGAGGAGGAAAUUGCCUGCUCCACCAGUGACAGCUGAAAAAAUUGAGACAUCUUCAGUGACCACCAUUAAAACAUUUAACCGCAACUUCAUUCUCCAAGGCUCCUCAAUCAACAGGCCUAAAGAAAGGAAAAGCACCACCAAGGAUUUGACGGAGCCUGCUCUGGAGUCAGCUGUGAUGUAUUAAUGCUGUGACCUACUGCCAGUGACCCACUGCCUCGGUCGUACACGACAGUGCCUUGACCCAACAGCCAUUGACUACUGUAUGGAUUUCCAACUGAGGAGAAGGCCUAGGGAGGCCACAGUGCACCAUCACACCAUCACACAGGGUUGUCCUGAUACCUCACCAGAAAGCUGUCUCAGACUUCAGCAUUGAGGUCUUGCCCACUCUCGCCUUAGGCUCCCAGGGGAAUCCAAGACAGAAAACCAAGAAACAACAGAGCUCCAUGUUCAAAACAUGCAUCUUUUCCCUGUUCGCUUUGCUAUUGUGUGUUGACUUUAAGAUCUUUGGUUUUCUUAUUCCUUUGAUUCAGUUAGAAUUCCAUGUCAAUAAUUUGUCCAAGGGAAAAUUGUUGGGGGGUGGUAGAGAGAUAGGAAUUAUUAUUUAAUUAAUCAUCAGUGCUUAUUAAUGUCUCACAAGCAUCUCUGUCUUACAAAUGCUGAGGGAAAAACCAGCCCCUGCAGUCAGCACGAGGGACAGUCUAGUUUGGGGACUGCUCCCCAUCAAGGCUACAGGUCUCCCUUCAGCCACCUCCUUCCUGCUAAGCCUUAGCUCACCAUGCUACCAGCCAUUCCCAUUGCUUUAUAGUCCCCCGCCACUGGAUGGAAAGCUCUGACUCACCCAUGCCACUCCUGGGUCUAUAUGAAACAAUGUCUCAUUAAGAAUUUAGGGUUCUUCAUGGGCUUCAUGAGUUUUCCCACUCUUAAAGGUAGAGGGACUUGAAAAAGACUACCAUUGGUUCAACUUUAAGGCACUGUCCAAAUCAAAAUGAUGCAGUUUAGCAAGAUCGCAUCUAAAAACGGAUUAUUUAAGAAUAUAACCACAUGAAAACAUUUUUGUCCUCCAAAAUUUAUUUCCCAAUAAAUAUUCAGCAAAGUAACAAAAUGACCUUAAAGAUAAAAAUGGUUAGGGAAUGGGCUUAGAAAAUUUAUAGGCCUAAGAAAAGCAAGGACAAAUUGUGGAUAUGAGUUGAUAUUAACUCCACAUUUGUGGUCUAUUUUGACCUGUCUCAAAGGCAUAAUGAUUUAGAGUGCACUUAUAAAAUCAAAUGAAAGUGAGAUUUUACUCUUCAGUUGGGCAUUAACAACCUUUUUAAAAAAUAUUUUCUCCUGAAUCUAAGGAAGAAAGCAAAAGAUGGGAGGUAAGAGAGUAGUAUGAUUAAUGUAUGUUAAGUGCCUGCUCUGAAGGAGGCAAUGUUCUUCUCAUUUUAAUCCUUAUAGCAGCCCUAUUCAGUAGCUAUUCUUUUUUUUUUUUUUUUUUAGAUUUGAUAACUAAGGGCCAGAGAGAUUAAUUUGCCAAAGCCACAACUUUAAUCUACUUACAAUUGGAAUGCCUCACAAAAACCUGUGUUGCUUUCAACUUCUAUGUUCUUUUGCUACUAUGUGCAUUUCCAGACCUGAUUUGCUGCUAAUUCCUGUGCUUAUAAUCCAUUCCUGAUGGGGGUCUGCAUAUCUCCCAGUAAUACUCCUUGCUGAUGCCACAUUUGUGUUAUCUGACAGAAAUAACUCCUUUGAAAUAAGUCCUUGGCUUUUUGUUCUGUUGGUGUGAUUCAAAGCCAAACAAACAAAAACAAGUUUUUUAAAAACACAACAAAAAAAAAGGUCUGACUUCCAAAUAGAACGUUUUCUUUAAGAGGCAUGAAAAGCAACUAUUGUUGUGUUACAGUGUUAAAAAUAUUCAGUUUUCUUUGACAAAAACUUGUACUGUGUAAGCCUUGCAAAAACAAAAAAAAGAGCCUGCUCUGUGGCAUUUGAAUUUUUAUAAAUUUUCCCUUGUGCCAAAUAAGUGCAAAGAUUUAAUUUACUAUUAAAAACCAUAAGCAUAUGUUAUAGUUCCAGAAGAAUUAUUUUGUCAUCAAGUGAUUUUGAUCUUUAGUGUCAAUAUUUAUAUUUAGAUUAAUUUUUAUAAAUGAAGAUAUUUUAAUGGUUUAAGAAAAUGAGGACAAUAGGACAGUAUCUUUGAUGAUUUCUGAAAGUUAUGCUUCCCUUCACAUUAUAUGCACAUUGACAAGAAUUACUGUCAAGAGAAAUGAUAAAGAAGUAAAAGUCAUUUAUGGAAAUAAA